AUCGGUCACAUCAUGGACUCAGAACCAUCCGCGGAAGCGUUUCCCUUCCCCGUAUCCAUCAACAGGACCGACUUCAAAACCUUUGACCAGUCGAACAUCGAUGAGUUCCUCUACAAGUACCACAGAUACACGUCUAUAGACGUCCUCAUCAAAGAGCUCUCAGCACUCUCGAAAGAGCUCAACCAGAGCCUCUUGGACUUGGUCAACAGCGACUACGACGACUUCAUACGGCUCGGAAAGUCCAUCAACGGUGGUGUGGAGCUCAUCGACUCUGUCUCGUCCGAUUUGAAAUCUUUCAAGCUCGACCUAGUUGGCCACGCCUCGAAACUCGAGCAGUCUCAAGAAGCGAUUGGGAGCUAUCUACGCAAGCGUGAAGCCUUGGUAUAUGUUAAGACCCUUGCCAAGCUCAAUGUCUUGCUAAACGACCAAACAACCAGCUUCGAGCUUACCCUUCUGGCUGAUGACAAUACCGUUCCAGAGAAGAUCACCAAGUUGCGUACGUUGACGGGAUUGUACUUGUCGAUAUCGAACUUUUUCGCAUACUUGACAUCCUCUAGUCCAUCCAAGGAGGGACUUGAUACACAAUUGACUAGUGAAUUCACCACCAACUAUCUUACCAAUAAGAUCUCCUCAUUGAAGUUGGAGUUCAAGAGCUACUUGGACGCCACUCUCUCCAUUAUCAAGGUCAAUAGCACAGCAGAUUCAAGGGACUUGGCAUUGUUGGUGCUUAAUGUGUACAAGAUCAUCGGACACGAGGGGGAUGUGGUGGCUGCGUUGAAGAGAUAAAGACACCAACAUUGUAUGCCUUUAUUCUUGUCUGAGAGUCCAUCACCUAACUGGGCUCUUCAUGGGAGAUCUGGCAAUAUGUCACUGGUGGCAUCCAUAUCAUCCUGGCCCGUCACUACUCACUGCCUUGUCUUUUUAUGCCAAUGGGAAGUGUAUUAUAAUCUAGGUAUAUUUCAAUAGAAAGGAAAAAUUCAAAAUUGCUAGUUGGCACUAAGCAUACGCGCUUCAUAGAAUUGACAUGGCCAGAAUAACCAUUUGAGAGAAUAAUUGGCAUCCACAACUCUUAUAGUUACAAAUAAAGUAGCAAAAAUUCAUAAAAUAGACUGAUUAUCUGCCUGAAAUUG